AUGGGAGUUCCAAAGUUCUACCGCUGGACGUCGGAGAGAUAUCCAUGCUUGAGCGAGGUUAUCAGUGAGAGCCAAAUACCUGAAUUCGAUAAUUUGUAUCUUGAUAUGAAUGGAAUCAUUCAUAAUUGUUCACAUCCGAAUGAUGACGAUAUCACUUUUCGUAUUUCGGAGGAAGAAAUUUUUCGAAACAUUUUUGCUUACAUUGAGAACCUCUACAAACUUAUUCGUCCUCAAAAGGUGUUCUUCAUGGCGGUUGAUGGUGUUGCACCACGUGCCAAAAUGAAUCAACAAAGAGCCCGACGAUUCAUGAGUGCUAGAACCGCCCAGGAGCAAACGAAUAAGGCUGUCGCGAAAGGACAGGAGCUGCCAACGGAGAAGCGAUUUGAUUCGAAUUGCAUCACCCCUGGAACUUAUUUUAUGACGAAACUUCAUAACGAAUUGGCCGAUUGGGUUGAGAAGAAGAUUCGAAAUGAUCCUUUGUGGCAAAAUCGGCGGAUUUAUCUAUCCGGCCAUAAUUGUCCCGGAGAAGGAGAACAUAAAAUAAUGGACUUCAUUCGUUCGGAAAAGGCUGGAAGCAAUUAUGAUCCAAACACGAGACAUUGCAUGUAUGGUCUUGACGCGGACUUGAUUAUGCUUGGAAUUGUCUCUCAUGAACCGCACUUCUCGCUGCUUCGUGAAGAGGUCACUUUCAAUCGGCCAAGAAAGUACAAGAAGCCGCAGAAAACUGAUUCCGAAACAAAAAAAUUCCAUCUUCUUCAUUUAUCUUUACUCAGGGAGUAUUUGUCAUGGGAAUUCGCUACUCUAAAGGAUAAAACAUCGUUUGAAUAUGAUAUGGAGCGGAUUGUCGAUGACUGGAUUCUGAUGGGCCUUCUGGUUGGAAACGACUUUUUACCCCAUCUACCGCAUGUCCAUAUUCAUGAAGAUGCGCUGCCACUUUUAUACAAAACCUAUAAAACUGUAUUACCAACGCUGGACGGGUACAUUAAUGAAGGCGGUAUUUUAAAUUUGAGUCGGUUUGAAAAAUUCUUGAAAGAGCUUGCCAACAACGACAAGUCGUCGUUCAUGGAUCGAUUGGAAGACGAGGCAUUUUUACGAUCGAAGCGAGCUCCGAUCAGCGGCGAAGAUGAUGAUUUGGUGACUUUUGAAAAUUCGGAUGACGACGACGAAUUAGUGGGAGGCGCUCUUGAAGGAGAAGCUAGUGACGUCGAAGAAAAUGGUGAAGAUGUCGAGAGAACUGACGCCGCUUUUCAAAGUAGCGAUGAAGACGAAGAGGAAGAGAACGAAUUGGAGAAGACGAACAAUCCUGUGGAUUCGGAGUCAUCGGAAAAUAAUGAAGAAGAAAACAAUCAAUUCGACGAUGAAUUUUCUGAGGCUCUUGCUUUAACCGAUUUUAUGGCCAUGGAUGAAAAAGAGUUUGAAAAUAAUGUUGAAGCUUGCUGGACCAAGACAAUCAACAACUCGUUCAAACGAUUUAAAAAGAACUACUAUAGUGAAAAAAUGAAACUAAAAAAUAUUAGCAAAUCUGACCUCAAAGCCCAAGUUGAGGGAUAUGUGAGAGCGAUUCAAUGGAAUCUUCAUUAUUAUUAUCAUGGAUGCAUUUCCUGGAGUUGGUUUUAUCCUCAUCAUUAUGCUCCAUAUAUAUCUGAUCUAGUCGAUUUUGCGGAUAUGAAAAUUGAGUUCGGUCCUUCGGAGCCAUUUCGACCAUUUGAGCAGUUAUUGGCUGUGCUUCCCGCUGCUAGUGCUGAUUGCCUGCCAAAACCACUGCAGGAAUUGAUGACAGAGGAUUCCGAUGCGUCGCCGAUUGCCGAUUUCUACCCAAUAAACUUUAAAACUGAUUUGAACGGAAAGAAAAAUGAUUGGGAGGCUGUCAUUUUGAUACCAUUUAUUGAUGAAGAACGAUUAUUGGCCGCUAUGAAGCCGAAGAUGAUUCGUCUUACAAAAGAGGAAUUAGCACGGAAUGAGCACGGACCACAUUUAUUGUUCACAACCAGAGAUUCGAAUGGCGCCAUCACUGUCUUGCGGUCGGAGGUCGACAAGGACACAUUCAGAAUACCGAUUUCUCGUGUGAAAUGGGGCCUUAUUCCAAACGUGAAAAUGGAUAUUUAUUUCCCCGGAUUCCCAACAAUGAAGCAUUUGAAGCACAAUGGAAUGCUAAAGAAGUUGAAUGUGAACGUGUUCGGAAUGCCGUCGCGAAAAGAAUCGAUGCUUCUCGAAGUGAAAAACAUUGAAGAAACGUCGGACAUUAUUGAAAUCGGUUCCGAGUUUAUCGGAGAAGAAGUUUGCAUCGAUUGGCCUAUUCUGAAAUUGGGAAAAGUCGAUUCGAUAUGGGGCGACGGUCGAAUUGUUCGCAAAAUGGGCGCCGAUGAGAUUAUUGUCAAGGAUAUGACGAAAGACGACGAAGAUCAAUGGAUUGCGACUGUUAAUCAUCUAGUGGAGAAUAUGCGCACUCGGUAUGCUAUUCAAAUCGAGGAAAAAGAGAAAAACACGUCGACGAGAUUCUCAAUCGCUUGGGUUCGUAGAUUUAUGGGUCUCGUCUACGAAACGGUGCUGGAUUCUGGAAACGAGACGAUGAUGAGGGCUGUGAAACAAUUCGCUCCGCCCGAGCACGCUACUCCAGUUCUGCUCCCAUUGGUGGUUAAAGACCUUCUGCUUGAAGAGUCUCGCCGACUUGCUGAUCUACCGAUUCGACUGGCAUUCCCGCUUCGUAGUGUCGUGUUUGUCACAGAUCCACGCUCUUCCAUGUUCGGUGUUCCUACAAUGGUUGAAGGUUACUCGGAGGAGAAAUCCGACAAGAUGACCGUCGCCAUAAUUGGAAUGGUGAUUGAAUUGCAAACGGAAAAAAUGAAAAGCAUUCGUUCGUUGCUUGAUUCGAAAUCGCUGCGAUGGAUGAACGCUUGGGAUUGUUCGAAGCAAGUUCAAGUGAACACUGGUCUAUUUUCUCGAGUUACGGGUUCGAUCUUGAUGUGGAAUGAACCUCGAAAGCUAGUAGAAAGCGGGCAUCAAAUUUCAAGUGAUAAUAAGCUAAACAUCGGAUUAUGUCUUAAAUACAACAAGAAAAAUUUGGAGGUCGCUGAUUACACAAAACGAUCAAACACGAUCGUUAAAAAUCGACAACAAAGCAUUUGGACUUAUUCGAAUUUGACGGUUCGAUUGAUUGCAAAUUACAAGAAACAAUUCCCGGAGAUUUUCAAAUUUUUGGAAAACGUUUCCGACAGCAACGAUGUAUAUUAUGCUGAAGAUGUUUGGGAGAAUGCGCAAGUUCGAAAUAAGCGAUUUGAGGAAUUGAAAGAGUUCCUUGCCAACCUUCCAUGUGCGGACGCCGAGCAGAUUCCGUGUGAGACGGAAUACGCGGAUCGUCAAAUUAUUAGCGAAAUCGAAAAGGUUAUCGAAGAAAAACCACAAGGCAGAAUGAAGAGAUCGGCGGUGCCGCCUUCAACGUUAUUCAGACCGGAACUAUACGAUGGAAAAACACUUGUGGAUGCCUCUGCUGAUUUCAAACUUCUUGAUCGGGUUGUUGUCGUCGGCUCUGGAUAUCCCGUACAAAAGAUUGUGCCUGGAACUGUUGUUGGAAUAUCUGGAGAUAAAGUCGAUGUGUUGUUCGAUCGUGAGUUUGUUGGAGGCGCGAAAAUUCGUGGAUCGAAAAAAGCGAGCUGUUUGAAAAUGCCAAUCACUGCACUUUUGAAUGUAACUUACGGUCUUGAAAGGAAGUUUAAAACGGAUAAAACUAAAGUGAAACGAGAAAUGAAAAAAGGUAAGAAGGAAACGUUUAAAAAUGUUGUUGUCGAUGAAGUCGAAGGCGCUUACGUGCCAUGGAAGCCGAAAUCGAAAAAGAAUCAAGAGAUUUGGAAAGAAGCUCAAAAGACGAAGUCGAACGAAAAAGAGAACGCGCCUGUUCCGAAUACGGCCGAAGAGUUGACGGACUCGUUGAAUCAGUUGUUGAAAAUUGCCGACAAGAAAAAUCGGGCCAGCGAGGUUCCGAAAGGGAAGAAGGUGUCGCUGUCUGAGCUUUUGGGAGCCUCGCCUAAAGUGGAAACUACUUCGAAAGAUCAAGAAGCGAUGAAGGAAUUGAUGAAGAAGUUUCACAAAUCUAAAGAUCGACAAAAUCACGUUGAAGAAGCGCGGCCACAACAGAAAAAAGAGGAUGCUACGGAUAGAAAUAUGAUCAAACCUCAAAUUGUGUCCAGAAAGAAUAAAAACGCCCAACAGAAUUAUCAGCAACCGGGAAACAAAUUGGCGUUGCAUGCUCCUCAAGCUGGUCGAAUGCCUGAUGCGUUGCCUAUUCACCCACCACUACCACCGCCACCGCCACCACAAUUUCUGCUGAAUCCACGAAAGCCUAGAUGGGAGGAACUUCUCGAGACAAAACAGCACAAAGAGCAUUUCACGGACUUUAAACCAUCGGCGAUCUCUCGCGGCGGAUUCAUGAAUUCAAAUCGCGGGCGUGGCUCAGCUCGAAGAUUCAUUCAACACCACAAUUUCGAUAAUCAACCGUCGGCAUCCGCUUCGAAUCAUCCCACAGAAGCAUCAUCGAAAUCAAACAAAUCGAAAAAGAAGAGACAACAGCGUCUGGGAAUGCAGUUUCAAACAAAUUAG